GAAAUUUGCAUGGAGCGUUCACGACGGUACCAGAAAAGCUAGCACAAGGCGACAACUUGUCUCCUCCUGGGCCCCAUGGGGCGCUUGCUCAGCAAUUUUGCGGAUUGCAUCUGCUGUGGGCGUGGGAAUAGGUACCAGAGUGCAGACACAUGGAUGAACCAGCCAUUAAACAUCUUCCAGCCCCGGAGCACAGCGACGCUGGAAGACUUGUUGGAGAAGAGCAGCAGGGCAAGAGAAGCUGUGUGGCAACAGCUGGGUUCUCUUGAGCCUUUGGUGCUCAGCCACUUGGUGAGCCCUACCCUGUCAGGCGGACCUAAGUGGCCAGCUCUCAGACAGGCCUUUCGGCUCGUCAGACGCCCCAACGGCAAUGUCAUCCUGGCAUCGGAUGGCCUGUCAGAUCCCUUCGACGACAUCACUCUAGGUGAUGGGAACGUCAAUGGAUUUGGGCUGGAGUUCUACAUCGAGACGCCAGGCGACGAGAUCGCGGAGACCAUCCACGAAGUCAAGAAGAGCUGGCAGUUCCAGCUCCUCUACACAGUCAGCCAGCUGGCAGCAGGCCACGGGGGCAUCAGGGCAAUCAUGGACGACAUGAAGCUGCUGUCAACGGAGGCGGAGGGGGUGAACGAGGCGAUCCCAGAGGAGCACCGCAAGGCGCUGGUGAAUGCGGCCGGCCGCGUGGGCGCAUUGCUGGGCCUGCAGAGCACGCCGGAGGAGCCGGGCAUGCCCCAGGAGACCGUGGACACCGACGACGCCGGCACAGGUGUGCCGGAGCGCAUCCCAGACAUGCCGCUGACAGAGGUGAAGCUGGUGAACAUCAAGCUGCUCACUCUGGCAGAGCUCAAACUCAUCACCGAUAGAGGCGCUGAGGGACGCAGGCGACUUAGCGAGCUCUUCUCGGGGCCUGACAAGCUUGCAUCCUCCCUGCACCGAGCCUCGGCUGUCUGACAGCCUCUCAGCGGCCAGCACCGCGCUCGGGAGAAAGAGCGGCAGUGACUGGCAGCCGCGGGGGAGUCAGAGCAGCAUUAACCACCCAUUUCAUGCGCAUCACUUUGGACAUCCAGCAACGUUCUAGUUCUUGGGUUGGGAGCUAAAGGACGGAGUGUUCCCAGCCCCCUCGGGUUGUCGCAUGUUCUUAAACAGAAUAUGACAUUCGGGUCUUGUUUCGGGCGUUGGUGUCUUGUCUGGAUGCCCCUAGAAUGGAUCAACCUUAGUCGAGAAUGGACGAUGAGUGCUAAUGACAUUGCAGAGCUUGAGAAGGAUCUGGGGCCCUUUGGUGUCCCCGCUAGACUCUCUGGGACGGGUGAGCAUUGAAUAAAGGCAUGCCCACACCUCCUAUGUAAAUCAAGAGCUGGU